UAUUUUGACAGCAACACGUGGCACGCGACGCUCCAUCAUCUCCGCGGCGAAAACACUCUCUGGAGAAGUUAGAAGAAAAAAAAAACUGGGCGGUGAGGGAGUUUGGUCACAUGGAGCAAACGUCCUAAAAACCGACGCGCUGAAAGUGUCUCCAUCAGCUCCGCGUUAGAAAGCGCGCAGGGUUUGUGUCUCUUCGCGCUCGCGCUGAACGCGUGCGUGCUUUCGACGUCAUCCGCACAGGUGCCAGACGCGGGGCUGUGAUCACCUCGUUCUCCAGCACUCCUGAGAGCAUUGGGCAGCAGCCUGUGGUCACAUGAUGCCAUUUACAGUCAACCUGAUUGGCCCGUCCCCCUGGGGAUUCAGAAUUUCUGGAGGGCGAGACUUCAAGAAGGCCAUAACAGUUUCCAAGGUGAACACUGGCAGUAAGGCAGAGACGGCCUGUCUGCAGCCUGGUGACAUCAUCAUGGAGAUUAAUGGACUCAAUACUGGCGAGAUGCUCAACGUUGAGGCACAAAACAAAAUCAAGAGCUGCACGACUCAACUGCAACUUCUCGUAGAAAGGCCUGCUCCUCCCACUCCGGGUCAGACCAAUGGAAUCACAGAGCAGCUGGUCGGCCGCUUCCAGGAGGCAGUGCAGGUGAGUCGAGAUGAGAACCAGAACUACAGAGAGUACACCAUCUCCAGCCCUGCCUCUCUGUCUCCUGGCCCGUACUCACCUGAGCCACCAUCCAGCCCCGACCGCAAAGGGGGCAGGAUCACACCCACCAGUAAGAGCCUCCAGCUCCAUUCCUGGUCUUCAGAGGAGAGGAGUGUACAGAGUCACAGACUGUCCCGACCCCUCUCUCAGGAGAUCUCUUCCGUGGAUUUCCGCAGUAACUCCGUGUCCAGUCGGACUCCGACUCCACCUGGACGAUACUCUCCACACAGCCCCAUCGAACGAGAGAUGCCCAUCUCCCCUCGGCGCAGUUCGGACUUUGCCAUGCAGAGGUUUGACAGAGACUCAGAGGUCUACAAGAUGAUUCAGGAGAACAAAGAGUCCCGGGCGGCUCCUCGCCAGUCCAACACCUUCAAGAUGCUGCAGGAGGUGCUGGAGGCUGAUGAGAAAGAAGCCGCCAUCCGCUUUCCAAGCAAGUUGUCUCCGAGCCCCUCCAAGCCCACAUCCUCCGUUUCUGGCGUGCAGAAAUACCACACCUGUGAAAAAUGCGGCACCAGUAUUGUCACUCAGGCCGUGAAGAUCACAGACGAUUGCUACCGUCACCCGGAGUGCUACACCUGCACAGAAUGCGGCCUCAACCUAAAGAUGCGUGGCCACUUCUGGGCGGAGGACAAAAUGUUCUGCGAGAAACAUGCCAGAGAAAGAUACCAGGGUCCCGGCAGCAGCUACCGCUACGCCGUGUCCCCAAACCACUGAGACGCCUGAUCAGCCGCCCUCCUGACGCCACCUCCGACUCCUCCGGUGGGCUGAGAGCAUAGAGAGGAGAAGACGCUGAUGUCAUCGCUACGUUGUACAAUUGGAGCCAAAUAGAGAGUUUGGCGUAACGUCACUUGAAGCUUUGGGACCCGGCGCAAUCGUGUCCUCUUCUCCAGUUAUUAUACACCCCUUAAAUAGACUAUAAGCUUUGAUCUAAUGGAUUUGGAAGGGGCGUCUCUGUCGGAGCGUGCUAUUUCUAUACAAUUUCUACAUUUGCCUGCCAGUUCCACACGUUGUAUUAUGCUUUGAAAACUGCUUGUUUUUCAAUAGACAUUUAACUUGGGUUUAUCUUAAAUAGAUUUGUAUUUUUGUUUUGUUUUGUUUUCUGGGCUGAAUUUUGUAGAGCUUUUCCAUACCGAGACUCGUAUGGCAAGAUGCAUCAGCGCUAAUGCACACAGGACCGGUUUCCUUGGUGUAUUUGUGUAUAAAUAGUUGCAAACAACUUCACUGGUUUCCGUUUGCGCUUGUCGAUGAAGGGUUUAAUGAUUACUUGGAAGUGAUUCUUAGUUUGAUGUAUAUUUCUCCCUUCAUAAAAAGAAAUUAUCCACACAGAAGCACGCAUUUAGACCUCUGCAUAGUUUAUUUGCCAUAUGCUUUGUAUUAAAAUAAGGGAUAUAUAAGAAAUUACGAUAUUUGUGUGUAAAUAUGUUUAUUUUUCACCUUAAACUGUAUGUGGACUGAGCGGAGGGUUUUUGCACGCACUUGUUUGUGUUCAGGGUUGCGUGUUUCAUUCUGACUGUAUUUGUGUGUUUUCGGGUGAGAGAUGUUUGAUCACGCUCAGAUACACUGCUGUUCGCUUUCAACGCAAGAGAAAAGAGUGUCAGAGCCAACGAUUUGAAGCAAUUGUGGAUCUAAUACGUCAAAUGAAUCGUGAAUCCUCACACUGUGUUUGUAGGGUUGCCUCUCUUUACCUUUUCCGUUUCAAAUAAAAAAAACUUUCUGAUUAUCA